AUGGUGUAUGGCGUGAUUUCAGGCUUCAUGCUGGUGGCUAUCGGAGAACAUGAUGGAUGGGGAAGGAUCCAUCAAAUUGAAUAUGCCGAUAAAGCUGUGACGGAAGGUUCUGCCACUGUAGGAAUUAAAAGUAGUACGCAUGCUGUUUUAGUGGCGUUGAAGCGUUCGUCACACGAGUUGUCCGGUCAUCAAAAGAAAAUUUACUCGGUGGAUGAGCAUAUUGGUGUUAGCAUCGCUGGUCUUCUGUCGGACGCCCGCUUACUCGCGCGUUUCAUGCAGAGCGAAUGUCUUAGCUGGCGAUGGCUACAUCAAGGCGCGAUGCCGAUUUCACUUUUGGUCAGCAAUCUGCAGACGAAAAUGCAGGUCAACACCCAGCGGUAUGGCAGAAGACCUUUCGGCGUUGGUCUGCUGAUCGCCGGCUACGAUAUCCAUGGACCGCACAUCAUUCAAACGUGCCCUAGUGCCACCUCUUUCGAGUGCUACGCAAUGUCAAUUGGUGCACGAUCGCAGAGCGCCAAGACAUAUCUUGAGAAGCAUAUGUCAGAGUUUAAUGACUCUGACGUAAAGACGUUGGUGCGUCAUGCGCUCCUCGCUCUUCGCGGUACCUUGCCUACCGAAGUUACUUUGUCGACGAAAAAUUCAUCGGUGGGCAUUGUUGGCAAAGGGAUGCCGUUUACGGUUUACGACCAAGAGGAUGUCAGCCCAUAUCUGGAGUGCAUUAGCGAUGCUCUGUCAGCUUCGCAGGAGUCGACGGCGGCAACAGAGGAACCUGCAUCUCCUAUGGACACUGCUGUUGAAGUAACGGACGAGGCCCGCGAUUCUUAA